ACUUCCGGAAAGUUUUUGCGACGAUGGCGUCUGUGCAGCACCGCGGCGAUGGGCCUCGGGCUGGAGCAGGAGCGGAGGAGAAGGCAAACGGUGGGAAAAGUAACACUGUCUCCAACAGCCCUGGAGGAGGAGGAGAUGGAGGAGGUCUAGGGAAACGGCCAGCCGACAAGGACGAGCUCCAGAACCAGCCAGCACCUCCCAAAAUCCCCAAACCGGGCAUCAGUAGCACUAAGAAGCCUGCUCCUAUUUCCAUCAAGCUAGGAGCUAGUAAACCGAAGGAAGCAACGCCCAUUUUACCCUCCAAAAAACCUGCAUCUGUUUUCGAUGAUGACGAUAGUGAACCAGAGGAGAUGCCCCCAGAAGCAAAGAUGAGGAUGAAGAACAUUGGAAGGGACACCCCGACUUCAGCGGGCCCCAACUCCUUCAACAAAGGCAAGCAAGGAUUCUCCGACCACCAGAAGCUCUGGGAGAGGAAGCUCAAAGCGCAGACGGAUCAAUAACUCCUGCUGUUAUAACUCUGCUUUCAGUCCUUUUUUUGUCCCUUGUUUUUUUUGACAGACUUUUGUAAAAUAUACAUGUACAUAUGUGAUAAGGCUUUCCCAAUCCGACGUCGCUUUUUAUUGUGAUUGUUUUUUUUUUUUUAAACCACAGAAUCCUAGCCCUUCAUCAACUUAUGUGGAUGGCAUUGACAGUGAUUCAUAUUUUCCUCCAGAUAUACCACAGUUAGAAUAUUUGAUCAGUUGUAGAGCCAAAUACUGAUUUGACCAACAUUAUUAGCAAUAAGGAAGUAGAUUAUUAGAUAUAGACAUGUAGCAUCCCUGAUGCUGAUAAAAAUGUGUGGCAUCACUGAUAAUGUACGUAAGAAGAGUAAGAAUAUGUAUUCUGUGUUGUACGAUGGUUUCUUUGGGAAAGAUGAUUAAAUCCAACUGAUGAGACAA